UGUACACCCCUGAGAGAGCUCAGCAGGGAGCUCUGUAUACUGAGGGAUCCCACUACCUACCUGCCACAAUGGAACAGAAGAACGUCAUGUACAUGAGUGAGCACAGCCUACCACCAAACACACAAUUGCUCUCCAGACUGUAUCUCAAGCCAGAGAAUUCUGAUGUUCUCCAGAUGGUCUCCAAGAAGAAUACGAUGCCCAAACGAGCUGUCAUUGCUAAUGAAGACAGUAAUGCACCAGUGAGCAAUCCUUUUGUGACUUUUGUUCCCAGACCUCCACCAGGAAACACAGACAGGAUGUAUCUCCCAAUCCGGACCUCUAUCAAUACAGAAGACUGGAAGAAAAGAGGGGCUGGAAGAUUAAAGGAAGAAAUGAGACAUAAAAACAACGUGAUCCGUGAUAUUCACCCCAGGGAGCUGAAGUCAAAAGUAGGAAUGAAGGGAAUGACAGAUACGGCAGAUCAUUCUCUGCAACCUGCUGAGCUGGACAUGAAAUGCCCUAAGCAUAGUGAUGACGAUUUCUCCUACGGAACAAAGGAGGGAUAUGUACUGGCUAAGGUGCCACCUCCGCUGCAGACCCCGGCCACGGGGCAGGACACGGCUCCGGUGACAGCCAAACUCAUGAAAGAACUACUGGCGGAGCUACAAAAGAACCUACAGGCAGAUAUGGCCACAAUCCGCCAGGACCUUAAAGGCCUGACGGGCAGAAUAGGGGCGCUGGAAACAACUUCGCCCUCCUGUAAGCAGCAGCUCACUACCCUCCAACAAGAGGUUAAAGACCUGCAAAUACUAACCUGCUCUUAUGAGUGCCGAUUUGCCGCCCUCGAAGAUUCCCGCCGCCAGAAUAAUGUAAAGGUUAGAGGGGUCCCUGACAACAUACCCGAUGCGGAGCUCCCACACGUGGUGAGGAGGUUGCUGUCGGCCCUACUCACACCCAAACUGUCCAGAGCGCUAGAAACGGAAAGCAUAUUCAGGGUACCUAAAUCAGCCCAGGCACCAACCUCAGCCACGAGGGACCUGAUUAUACAAUUUGUCAGAGGUAAAGACAAGGCAGCCUUCCUAAACACACUGCGCGGCAACUCACCUUACGCCUUCGAAGAGCCUGAUGACAGCGUCAUAACACUUAUUAUCAGGAUGAGAGACAAACUUGGAUGGAAAACCGAGUUACACAACAAGAUAGUGGAGCACCGUACCAUGACCGAUAAAUAUACAGGUCUACUAGAGGCAAAAAAACCUGUACUAGAGGACAGGGGGGACUUUGUGUACUGUCUUCCGAGAGACUCUAUCAGUCCUACAGCUCGAUACAAUGUUUACGAUCUUCAAGUUGUACCUGCAGCGAGAGCCCUUCGUUCUGAAAUGUACUGGACUGUUAGUGCAUCGCAAGUCUGCAAGAUAUGUAUGGUGUCAGGAGCAGAGAUUAUGGACAUUGUGCCUCUCACCGAGUGGCUUCAUGAAAGGGCGAAUUACUACGUAAUCAAGGACUUAACGAUAUUUUCACAGUUCAGGCUGAGGAAGGCUUUUGCAGUCUGGAAAAUGAAUGUUCGCCGAGCUAAGACAGAUCACAGCAGGACGAUGAUGUUAAAACAGUUAUAUUUUGCUGAUGAGUUGUUCCUGGGAUGCCUGCUGUAUAUCCAGUCUGUGCGCGAGGAUGCUGUGACUGUAGACCUUGGUGGUGUGUGUGGCGAGACAGCUAUUGUAUUAAUUAAGCUUUCUGAUUCCCAUACCUACUCCCUGAAAGAGUUCUGUGCCGUCCAGUCUCAGCAAGGUGAUACCGCCCUCGCCAAAAUCGAAACGCUACGGAAGAAAGUGGUAGCUGUUAUUUCCCAGACAUGCCUGAAGGUGGCUGAAGUAGAAGGCAUGGGACAUCUUUUUUCCUCAGAAAACCCAAUAAAACCAAACUAUACAGAGCUGUCCAACUGCCGAAAUCUGCAGGAACGUUUCGGCAGAUUUCUAAACCUCACCGACACUAUUUUCCAGGAGAUCCUUCGAUGUGUUGUGAUCAACUCUGUUCGCUUGCUUCUAGAGUUCUUACAGACUUCCUAUGAUGUAACUUCGACAGACGUGAAAAAGAACAAGGAACUAAGUCUGGAAGAAGAGACAAAAUCUGGAAAAUCUGUUCAGACAAUGAAGGAAGAAAAGCUUGUUACGGUAAAAGCUGAACAGAAGCAAGUCCUGUUUGAGAGUGAUAUUGUUAAGGCGCUGUACGACAUUAAGAAGAAAUUUGAAGGAAAACACGAGGCGGCACCAGUUUUUGAAGUGAAUCUUGCCCUCUGCUGUCAUCCCGGCAGAGAGCACAGCUCCCGGAUAGGAGAAAUGCCCGUAUCACCCUCCACUGCUGGACCAGGCAAACCAGAGAGACAAGCUGGCCCCAGACAGCGCGUUCCAACCAUGGAUGGAAAGAUGGAGACUCUGUCAUCGGCAGACGGGAAGCAAGUCACUUUUCAAGAUUCCAGUCUGUCUGACGCUGAAGAAUCUGAUGAGGACAGUGAUGAUGAAAUAGCACCAGAAAGUAUUUUUCUAAAAGUGGGCACGAUGGGCCGAAAACUGAAAAAACAGAGAGCGGACAAGCCCCGGCUGGGCAUGAACAUAGGGGAACUCUGGCGGCAGGCCCACGAGGCCACAGACGCCAAGAUGGCGUCCCUGCACGGAGGCUGCACGGAUUUCUCGGAUGAGAACUCCGACGACACUAGCGAAGUCCUGAUACCAGCCUCGGCACUGCCACCGCCGAUACGGGCACAGACCCAGCCGGUAGGAACAAACCCCAACCCAGUGACCAUGGAGGCCUUGAGCACGCUCAUUUCGGAACACCACGGCAAGAUAGCUGCGGAUGUGGCCCUAAUCCGGGGAGACCUCAAACUCAUCGCAACACGGCUGGGAACAGUGGAGGAGACAACCACCAAACACACUUGCCAAAUCAAGGAGCUCCAGACAGCCGUGCAUAAUCUGCAACAACAAACCCUGCAGCACGAAUACCAACUCUCAACGAUGGAAGAUAAACGGCGCCAGACUCACCUAAAGGUCAGAGGGAUAGCAGACACGGUACCUGAGGCAGAGCUCCCACACCUCAUUAGGAGACUGCUCACCGCACUGCUAAACCCAAAGACAGCCAAAGCCAUCCUUAUCGAUGGGAUCUUUCGGGUGCCUCGACCAGCAAAUGCACCGCCUAACACCACCAGAGAUGUGGUGAUCCGUUUUCAAACCCUUAAAGACAAGGCAGCGGUACUGGAAGCUACUAGGGGCCACACCACCUACUCUUUCGAGGACAUGAAUCUGUCCUUCUACACGGAUCUCUCCAGCGGGACGCUGGCGUGGAGAAGGUCCUUGCGUCAAUUUACAGCUGAACUGCGACAACACCAAAUUAAAUACCGGUGGUCAUCCGCUACCUCUAAUAAUCUUGUCUGUGUAUCUCCUGCUAAGACGGAGUUUGAGGAACACGUGGAAGGGAUUGUGAAUGGAUUCGAGCAAAUAAUAGGUAAAAUUGAUGCUCUUAGUCAGGAAACAAGUCUCUCCAAUUUCUGCUUUCAAAUUACACGUAAUAUACCCGUAUCUCCAAUGGAACCAGAGCAGAAUGCAAGGGAAAGGCUACAAGUGUGGCCUGACUGCGAGCUACUUCUCGGGACCGACCCAGAUUAUCAGAGUAAGGUUCAAAAUAUUAUCUCAAUUGUUAAGAAUUCAAUGAAAGACGUGGAAAGUUAUAGCAGAGAUUUUAACAAGUACUGCACCAUGGUGGGAACAGCGCAAAAUGUAAAAAUGAAGAUUACUAGAGCAGAAACAGAAAUGUCUCCGGAUGACUACCGAAACAUCCUGGCUACAUUCAAACACUUUAUCACGGAGUGUAAACAAAUGAACACAGAGAGGCGCGUACAUGCCUGUAAGGUCCACAGUCUGCAGUAUCAGAUGGAAUGCCUGCAACAUCUGGAGGCUGUAUUGCGUAGUGUUUGUGUAUCUCUGCCUGUUCUAGCGUACGCAAAGAAUUUACAACUUUUGGAUGUCAUUCAUGAUGCAUUGAGGAAGCUGAACAUGGACCUGACACAGGUGGAGGACUUUGUUGAGCAUUUAACGUUCCUUGGUCAGAUAUCGUCUGAGGUUCCAUCGCUGGAGAAGAAGUACACUACUGUUAUACAGCUCUAUGCUGUUGCCAAAGACUACAAUGUGCCUAUUUCUUCAGAGGAAUUAGCUCUAUUCCAGAGUCUUACUCCAAGCUUUCAACAACUAAAAUCAUCCGUACUCUACUGCGAAGCAAAAAAAGAUGAAGGAAUUGUUAAAUUCAGUGGAGAUUUGGACAAGUAUAUUUCCAACUUGCACUUUGAGAUAAUGGAUCUCAAGAUUAAGGUCCGAAGCCCCAUACUUCUUCAGAGUGACACGUUCCCAAUGGAAGCCAAAGACACCAUUCUGAAUCUCCAGGAAGAAUUUGAGGAUAUUUCUAGUAAAGCACAGUGUUACUCAACCUACCAGGAGAGAUUUGGAAGUUCCAUCACGCACAUGAAAGCCCAGUUAAUGGAUACGAUACUGUCACAGAAGAGCGCAACAGGAGAUAUCAGCACUCACCUCCUUAACACAGAGCUCACUGAAGUCGAAUGUGACUUGAGUUUGAGGAAGCUCCUUUGGGAGUCUACAGAAGAAUGGGCAAACCUUAGUGCUGAGUGGAGGUCUACCUCUUUCCAACAGCUCAAUGUUGAUGUCAUACAGAGGGAUGUUAAUCGAUUCAGCCAUACAUUGAUCAUGCUUGAGAAAGGUUUGCCAACAAACGAUAUUGUAGUAUCCCUGAGGCAAUCGAUUCUGGAUUUUAAGCAAAGUUUGCCUAUUGUGGUUGCUUUAAGGAACCCAUGUCUACAGAACCGACAUUGGGAAACAAUACACAAUACCAUCGGCAGACUGAUUAUACGCGAUAAGAACUUCACCUUAGGGAAUCUCUUGGAGCUUAAGAUAGCUCAGCACAAAAAUAAGAUAAUUGACAUCUCUACAACUGCGACCAAUGAAGCCACGCUGGAAGGGAUGUUACAUAAAAUAAUUCGUCUUUGGAAUAAAACAGAGUUCGCGUUGACCGUGCAUCGGUCAGAACUUUCAGAAGUUCCAAUUAUUGCGUCUGCCGAAGACAUAAUGACUCAACUAGAGGAAUGUCAAGUUAUAAUUUCCACAUUAAAGGGUUCGCGCUACGCCGGACCCAUUAAGAAUACAGUAGCUGAAUGGGAUCGGAAGCUGAAUCUCUUCAUUCGCACCAUGGAGGAAUGGAUGAUGUGUCAGAAAAACUGGCUCUACCUCGAACAAAUCUUUCUAGCGUCUGACAUCCAGAGGCAACUCCCGGCUGAAGCAAAGCUGUUUUCCCAAGUGGAUAGUUCCUGGAAAGAGAUAAUGAAUAAUAUAAAAGAUCGUCCAAAUGCUCUCCGGGCAGCUACUGUUCCGGGACUCCUGGAAAUACUGCAGAACAACAAUGUUUGUCUUGAGAAGAUUCUGAAAUGCCUUGAGGACUUUCUUGAAAUUAAACGCAGAGUCUUCCCCAGAUUUUACUUCCUAAGCAAUGAUGACCUUAUUUCUAUUUUAUCCGAAAGCAAAAAUCCCAAUGUUGUCCAGCGCCACCUGGAGAAGUGUUUUGAGAAUAUUCGUCAUCUAGAUAUUGAGUAUCCGAUAAAAAGCCCUGCGGUGGUGGUAAUGAUUACUUCUGCCGAAGGAGAGAGAAUCCCUAUGCCCAAAAAUGUUCGUAUAAGAGGACCAGUUGAACAGUGGUUGGGAAAUUUGGAAAGCAGCAUGUUUGAUGUUGUGAAGAAGAUGUUGAAAAUUGGAGUCAUGGACUGGAAUCCAUCAGUAUUUAAGAAUUGGAUGCUAAGUCACCCCGGACAAGUGGUCCUUGUUGUGAGUCAAAUAAUGUUUAACAAGGAUUGCGUGAGAAGUUUCAGCUCCCCUGACCCAGAAGAAGAGUUGAAUGUUGUCUACUCCAACCUGGUGAACCGGCUAGGGGACCUGGCUGAGAUAGCCCUCGAUAUCUCUAUUCCUCACCAAAAAACCACCCUAGAAGCCUUGCUUACCCUAUACGUGCAUUGCAGGGAUAUUUUGGAAGUACUAAUAAGGAAGAAGGUCUUUAAUUCAGAAGAUUUUGAAUGGAUAAGGCAGCUUCGCUACGAGUGGAAUGAGCAAAAUAACUCAUGCUAUGUACUACAAGGUAAUGCAUCCUUUAUGUACGGCUAUGAGUACCUGGGGUGCUCCUCUCGUUUGGUUAUCACCCCUCUCACUGACCGUUGCUGGCUAACACUGACGGCUGCUCUACAUCUGCACCUUGGAGGGUCCCCAGCGGGUCCUGCUGGUACUGGAAAAACUGAAACCGUCAAAGAUCUAGCCAAAGCUUUAGGAAAACAAUGUGUAGUGUUUAAUUGCUCGGAAGGCCUGGAUUACAAGAUGAUGGGCAAGUUCUUCUCAGGAAUGGCUCAGUCCGGCGCCUGGUGCUGUUUUGAUGAGUUUAAUCGGAUUGAUAUUGAAGUUCUCUCUGUAAUCGCCUCGCAGAUCCAUUCAAUUAAAACCGCCAAGGAUAGUCAAGCCAUAAGGUUUGUGUUUGAAGGUAGAGAAAUCCGUCUGAACAUGUCUUGUGGAAUUUUUAUUACCAUGAAUCCAGGAUACGGAGGACGUGUUGAGCUCCCGGACAAUCUGAAAUCCUUCUUUCGACCCGUGGCGAUGAUGGUGCCGGAUUACCAGCUCAUUGCAGAAAUUAUGUUAUUCUCCGAGGGGUUCAAGGCUGCAAAAUCCCUGUCCAGGAAGCUGGUUAAUUUGUACCAGCUGGCCAGCAAACAGCUUUCUCAGCAGAAUCACUAUGAUUUUGGAAUGAGAGCCAUUAAGACAGUUCUAGUAAUGGCCGGGCAGAAGAAGCAGAAAUUAGAAUCAAGACAUGACAAGGUAAAGAAACUUGAUGUUGAAGAAGAAUCCCUGAUAAUAAUUAAUGCAUUAAAAGAAGCAAACUUGCCGAAAUUUCUGGCUGAAGAUGUCCCUCUUUUUGAAAACAUAAUGGUCGAUUUGUUCCCCGGAAUAACAGCUGAAAAAACAGACACCAAACAACUGGAGAAAGCAAUUUCUUUAGCCAUAAAUGAACUAGGUUUGCAGCCCUGGGAGAGUCAGCUUGAGAAAGCCAUCCAAUUCUACAAUCAGAUAGUGGCCCGUCAUGGAGUCAUGCUGGUGGGACCCUCCGGUGGAGGAAAGACCACCGUUAGAAGAAUUAUGGAGAAAGCUUUGGCACACAUGCCGUCCAACAGCAAUAACUCAUCACUGAACGUCUCUAAGAAAGGGAAGGUGGAAACCUUUAUACUCAAUCCUAAGUGCGUGUCCCUCGGCGAGCUGUACGGAGAAAUCAAUCCUAACACCAUGGAGUGGUCUGACGGUCUAUUGGCAUCAGCCGUACGGUCAUUCGCAGAACAUUCAUCCAAAGACAACGCCAAGCACGCCAUUGUCACCCAUUUGGAAAACACAGAAGAGGGUUCCAAUCCUCCGAGCGCAAGAACAAACAAAGAAUAUGAGGAUUCCGUAACGGGGCACGUCAGAUGUGAGACCAUGCCUGACUGGCAGUGGGUGAUCCUAGAUGGUCCUGUAGACACAGUCUGGGUGGAGAGCCUUAACACGGUUCUCGAUGAUACCAGAACUCUCUGUCUGGCCAACAGUGAACGAAUCCGGCUGCCUCUAGGGAUGAGAAUGAUAUUUGAAGUAGACAGCCUAUCACAAGCAAGUCCUGCUACGGUCAGCCGAUGUGCCAUGGUAUAUAUGGAUCCAGUGGAUUUAGGUUGGCAGCCAUUUGUGAAGACCUGGUUGGUUCAGUUGGCGACAAAAUUGCCUCCCAGAGGGGUUCAGUACCUGGAGAGCUUACUAUCAAUGAGUGUGGAAGAAGGACUUCAAUUCAUACGCAAACACAAGGCGUUCCUGCCAUUUCCUUUGCAGGAUGUGGGAGUCGUGAUGAACCUCUGUAAAAUCUUACAGGCUUUUAUGGAUUUUAUGAGUGUCAAUGGAGGCUUUGGACAGAUUAAUGAAGAUAUCACUGAAGAAUAUUCUGUGUCUCCGUUCCCGGGGGGCGCUCGACAACUCAGCAGUGCAAACACUGUGUAUACACCAAGCCUGAGUGGGAGCCUUAAAAGGAGGGAAGAACAUAAAUGGUUCAUGGAGAAUCACCCUGAAAAGCUGACCUCACUUCUGGGUAAAAUCUUUGUAUUUGCAUUCACGUGGGCGUUUGGAGGAGCCUUACAGAGAGAAGAUGAGCAAGAAGGAGACUCGCUUAUAGGAUUAAAAGCGAGGGAUGAGUCCUUGGUUAACGUCACGUAUGACUUCAGUAGCUUUGUCCAUGAUUUAUUUGAAGGCGAGAACAACUAUGGAAUUCAGAUGCCUCUGGGAGAGAAAUCAAUGUUCAGCUAUUUUGUUGAUCUGCAAACCGGCAAUUUUGUACCUUGGAGCAAUUUGAUUCCGUCUACAGAGUCUUUAAUUCGGAAAGGAACGUUAUCAUUCUCAGAUUCUAAAGGUGUCUCCCGUCAACACUUUAUUUCCACUGUAGACAGCAUCAAAUAUUCAUUCCUAGCCAGCCUGCUUCUUGUCAGCAACCAGCCUCUGCUUAUUACAGGAGAUUCUGGUGUUGGGAAAUCUACUUUAAUCCAGGACUUGCUCAGGAAGUUGCAGGAACCUGGAGGGCUCUCUGUAAAUACAGGGACAAUAUUAGGGGACAUAUUCCUAUUUAAUGAAUCAAGGAAAAUAAGUCUUUUACAGAAUAUCACUUCAUUAACAAACAUUUCAGGAACUGAAAAUUAUUCUGCUCUGGCCCCUAACGACCUUGCAUCUGGACAAAAAUCUCACAGAACAAACCAAUUAAUAGUCUCAACAGUACAAUUAGGAGCAAACACGAGCACUGCCACUGUCCAAGGCCAAAUCCUCAACAAACUAACGAAGAGAGGCCGUGAUACACUGGGAGCUCCGAAAUCGAAGAAAGUGGCUGUGUUUAUUGACGAUUUAAACAUGCCAAAUCCUGAGCAGUAUGGUGCCCAACCGCCCCUGGAGUUAAUUCGACAGUUUUUGGAACUUGGAGGAUUUUAUGACACAAACACCCUCAACUGGAAGAACGUCCAAGAUGUCUCCUUAAUCGCAGCUUGUGCUCCCCCUGGUGGUGGGAGAAAUGAGAUUAGCCCACGUCUUCUUCAACACUUCUGCAUGAUUGUCCUCCCUCACCCGUCUGUCCAGGCUCUCCAGCAUAUAUUCCAGGUGCAGCUGGGGACCUUUCUACAAAGCAAUAAUUUUUUAGCUGAAAUUCAGAAGUGCCGGAAUUUAUUAUCGUCUUGCUCCAUCGCCAUUUACUACAAGAUGUGCCAGAGUUUAUUACCAACGCCAGCAAAAUGUCAUUACACCUUUAAUCUAAGAGAUCUUUUUAAGGUUCUGCAGGGACUUCUUCAGGCCAAUGGGUCAGUGAUUGUCACAAAAGAGAACGCAGCUCAGUUACUGUCUCACGAAGUGACGCGUGUGUUCCAUGACCGGCUGGUGGAAGAUCGAGACAGGGAAAUCUUUUAUCAGUGUCUCUCUGAUGAGCUACAUAAUUAUUUCAAGUUUUCUUGGACCAAAGAGAAGCUGAUGAAAGAGCCAAUCCAGUUUGCAGACUUUUUGGAGCCAAAUACGUCUGUUAAAACCAGAAUCUAUCGACCAGUCACAAACCGUAAACUGUUAGUGUCCAGACUGGAAGAUUAUCGGAUUAAAAUGAAAAUUAAUUCAUCAAACGCAACAGGUGUCUGUGUGUUCUUUAAAGAUGCUAUUCAGCAUAUACUAAGAGCCGCUCGAGUCUUUAGACAACCGGGAGGCCACCUGAUGCUUAUUGGGCUGGAUGGUAUGGGAAAAGUGACCAACGCAGCCAUGGCAUGUUACAUAUCAGAGUGUAAGCUCUUCCGGUUGUCUAUAACCCAGAAUUACAGCCACGCAGAAUUCCGCGAAGAAUUGAAGAAAGUGUACAAACAGGCAGGGCUGCAGGGAACGAACACUGUACUUCUUAUUACUGACACAGACUUGGUUAAGGACUCAUUUUUGGAGGAUAUAAACUGCAUCCUGAGCUCCGGGGAGGUCCCAGAACUGUUUGACAAGGAAGAGCUGGAUGGAAUAUUUGUGGAACUUAAGGCGGCGGCAUUGGAGACCAACGUGGCAGAUAACCCUCAGUCAUUCCUCGCGUUCUUCCUACAGCGAGUCCGUUGCAAGCUCCAUGUUGUCCUGGCACUAAGCCCCGCUGGGCAGACUUUCAGAGAACGUUGCCGGUUAAACCCCUCUCUAGUUAAUUGCUGCACAAUUGACUGGUAUGACGAGUGGCCUGAGGAGGCUCUCCUGGAUGUAGCUAUUGGCCACAUCACGCAACACAACCUGGUUCAAGAUCGCACGGAAUUGCAAAAUAAUAUUGCCAAAGUCUGUGUUGAAAUUCACAAGAGCGUGUCUAGAAAAGUCACACAAUUUCUUGGAGAAACUAGACAGCAUUACUAUAUCACACCACAAAAUUACCUUGGAUUCAUCGACACCUUUUCACAUAUUUUUCAAACGAGGAAAGAACUUAUUACCAUGGACAGGAAUCGUUUUUUCACUGGUUUGUCUAAGCUUUUGGAAGCUGCAUCAUCUGUUGAAAUUAUGCAGCAAGAGCUAGUAGUCCUGGGACCGCAGAUAGAGAAAAAAUCAAAGGAGAUAGAAGUCUUGAUGGUGAAGCUCCAGAAAGAUUCUGUAGUGGUGGAACAGGUCAGAACGAUUGUUAAACAGGAGGAAGAAGUUAUGGCGGAGGAAACAAAUAUCGUUGAAAAGUAUGCAGAGAAUGCAUUCCAGGAGCUCAGUGAUGUCCUACCAGCCUUGCAGCAGGCAGUGAGUGCACUCGAUUCCUUGGACAAAUCCGACAUUUCAGAAGUCCGAGUAUAUACACAUCCCCCCUUUUUGGUACUAACGGUCAUGAAUGCAGUUUGUGUCCUGCUACAGAAGAAGCCAGACUGGCCUACAGCUAAACUACUACUUGGAGAUCCAGGAUUCUUAAAAAGACUGGUCACUCUUGAUAAAGACAGUAUUCCGGAUAAGGUGUUUGUGAAAUUACGACAGUAUUCCCAGGUGCCAGAAUUUAACCCUAAAGUUGUGGGUUUUGUGUCGAAUGCAUGCCGUUCUCUCUGCCAGUGGGUUUUGGCUUUGGAGCACUAUCAUAACGUGCAGAAGACAGUGGAACCAAAACAGCGACGUUUGUCAGAGGCCAAAGAAGCGCUAAGACUUGCCCAGGAACGGUUAAAGCAGAAACAGAAAGCUUUGUCUGCGGUUGAAGAACACCAGCAGUCAUUGCAGAGACAGUACAAUGAAAGCGUGGCCGCGAAGGACCUUCUGGCGCAUCGAAAACAAUUAACCGCCGUACGCUUGAAGACUGCCUCCGUGUUGAUCUUCGCUCUGGACGAAGAGAAGGUGCGAUGGCAGGAGUCCGUUAACAGAUUAGACCUUCGGCUGGAAGGAAUCCUUGGCAAUCUACUGGUUUCUGCCGCGUUUAUCGUGUAUUGUGGGGUGUUUACAUCAGACUAUCGGACGCAACUAGUGGGGGAAUGGCUAAAGUUGUGUGAAACCUACAAGAUCCCUGCGUCUGAUGACUACUCGGUAAUCCGAGCAAUGGCGUCUAAGAACGAGGUCCGGCGGUGGCAAAAUGAAGGUCUACCUCCUGAUCCUUAUUCUACUGAAAACGCUAUUUUGGUUAAAAAUGGGCAACGGUGGCCACUCUUGAUUGAUCCUCAUGGUCAAGCAUAUAAAUGGAUUUGCCAAAUGGAAGGUGAACGAUUGCAAAAGGUCCGGGCUUCUGAUCCUGGCUAUAUAACAAUAAUGGAAAAUGCUAUUCGACUCGGAGAACCGGUUCUCUUACAGGAUGUUGCAGAAGACCUGGACCCAAGCCUAAAGCCUAUUUUAGGGAAGAAAAUUUACAGAAGAGCAGGGCAAGACUUCAUAAAGAUAGGCGAUUCUGAAAUUGAAUAUAACCACAAUUUUAGGCUGUACAUGACAACACCGUCACCCAAUCCUCACUUCCUGCCAGCAGUUUGCAUUAUGGUCACAAUGAUCAACUUCACGGUAACAUUUAAAGGUUUGCGAGACCAGCUACUUUCCCUGGUGGUCGAACACAAGCAACCACACCUGGAAGAGCAGAGAAGUCAGUUGAUGGAGAGCAUUACUGAGGACCUUUAUACACUUCACGAACUCGAGGAGAAAUCUCUCACCCUUCUACAGAAAACCGAAGGACACUUGCUAGAUGAUCACGACCUUAUUGAAACAUUGAAAAAGUCCAAAAUAACUUCCAGGAAUGUUUCCCAGCGGAUUGAGGCCUCUGAGAAAACAGAAGCUACUAUUGAAGCGGCACGUGAGGUGUACCUGCCUAUUGCUACACGAGGGGCUAUUCUGUACUUCAUGGUGGCCGAUCUCAUUCACCUGAAUUAUAUGUACCAGUUCUCUCUGCACUGGUUUCACCAGGUCUUCGUGGAAUCCUUGGGGUCGGUCGAAACUAUUCAGCCAGAGUUAUCAUUUUCUGGCACAAUAAGACCUUCCAGUCGAGCGAAAUCUGCAAAUAAAGUGGUGCAAGAAAGUCCAUCCAUCGAAAGCGAGGAUAUCAAGAGGCAAAUUCAUGACAUCAGUAAUGUUUUAACAGAAAAUGUGUAUAAGAUUAUUUCUUCCGGACUUUUCACGGAGCACCAGCUUUGCUGCUCGUUCAUGCUCUGUGCUAACAUCAUGAAACACAGCAGCAGCUCCGAUCCUUCCAGUAACGCACAGGAACUUCUUCCAAAUCCAGAAUGGGAUUUCUUUUUACACUCCAUGCUGCUGGCCAACAUGAUGGAAAAAGAAACACAUCCCAACAUUAUAGACCGGCAAGUUCCAGGCCAAGCACCCACUACUGACAGCAAUGCACAAACCGAAGAAGUAGGUGGCGAGUCUCACGUACAUUGCUCCCCUAAGUGUCUCUCGGAGUCCACAUGGAAACAGUGCCAGUACUUAACUGCCAACAUGAAAUCCUUCUCAUCCCUGUGCCACACUAUUGCUUCUAACACCCAACAGUGGAAGGAAUUCUUCAAAGCUGACGAUCUGUAUCAGUAUCUAAGGAAUCCAUACACCCUCCAGCCAGAUAUAACACUGCCAAUAGAGGAAACUCCAGCUAAUCUGGAAAUAUUUCAAUGGGAAAAACUGUCAUCAUUCCAGAAACUUAUUAUGAUCAAGGUCCUUCGGCCUGAAUGUUUUAUAAGUGCCAUACAGGAUUUUAUUGUUGAGAACAUGGGCCUUCAAUAUCUUCAAAGUGGCCGAAUGAAUCUAAAGCAAGUGUAUGAAAAGUCUACAGCAACCGAGCCACUUAUAUUUAUUCUUUCUCCAGGUACCGAUCCAGUUGGACAGUUGGAACGACUUGCCAUGGAAACUCGGGGUAGCACCAUGCAUUUGGACAUUAUAUCUCUGGGUCGUGGUCAAGGAGUCAAAGCUGAGGAAUUGAUCAGCAAAGCACAGCAUCUGAAAGGCCGAUGGGUUUUCCUUCAAAACUGUCACCUGGCGGCUUCCUUCAUGCCAAAACUGCAGGAAAUCGUAGCCAAAUUGUCACAUCAAAACAAUUACACUGAUUCACAAUUCAGACUGUGGUUAAGCUCAAAGCCCGACACAGCUUUUCCCGUUUCUAUUUUACAGAAAAGCUUUAAGAUGGCGGUUGAACCUCCGCAAGGUCUUAAAGGAAAGUUGUUACAGACCUUUGAUGCCAGUGGCUCUGGGGUGGUAACAGAGGACGUAUUUGAGAAGGGGGCAGAUGGACAAUCAUGGAAAAAAUUACUCUUCAGCCUGUGUUUCUUCAAUGCCGUCAUAAAUGAAAGAAGAAAGUAUGGCUCCCUUGGCUGGAAUAUCCCGUACCAGUUCACCGCCUCUGACCUUGAGGUCUCCAUACAGAUGCUUGCAAUGUUCAUGCAGGGACAGAAUGAGAUCCCGUGGCAGGCUGUUCAUUAUCUGACAGGGGAAGUUGUGUACGGAGGUCGCGUCACUGACUCCUGGGACCGACGCUGUCUCCUUAGCAUCUUGGACAAUUUCUAUAAUCCAGCAGUAUUGCAAGAAAACCACUCCUUCUCCUCUGAUAAUGUUUAUCGGUCAUUGUCGGACAGUGCGACUCUCCAAGACUACAGAGAUUACCUGUCCUCGCUCCCAGACACAGACUCGCCCGAGAUAUUUGGGAUGCAUCCCACUGCUGAGAGAACCCAUCUAGAAUCUCAGGCCCAGAUCUUCCUGGACACCAUAGUCAGUAUGCAGUCUAGGAUCAGUGUGGAGCACGCAGCAGACAGAGGUGAAGAAAACAAGGAUAAGAUAGUCCUGGAGAUCAUUGCUGACAUCCUUAAAGUGUUACCGCAGACGGUCGAAACCAAAACCAAGCAGGACCCGGCCGUGAAUGUCGAUGGGGUCACUCUUAGUGCCUUGUUUGCACUGCCUGCAUGGGAAUCAGUCGUCAAAUCCACCCAAGGUUACGACCCAUUGAUUAACUCUGCAUUACUGACAGUCCUGCACCAGGAAAUCGAUCGCUUUAACCAUUUAUUAUCAGUUAUACACACAUCGCUGCACAGUUUGAAACAAGCUAUUAGAGGAGAGAUUAUCCUCAACAAGGCGCUCGAGGAUGUCUAUAACUCCCUCAUGAACCUUAAGGUGCCCCCUCUCUGGCAGCAAUGUUCCUAUGAAUCCUGCAAAUUGCUGGGAUCUUGGGUUGAUGAUCUUGUUCAACGACUUGACUUUUUUUCAACGUGGGCCAAGCAUGUCAUGAAAUGCAUACAGGAAAGGUUUGGCCAGGUGCUGGGUUUCCAGAAGGUAUUUCAGUAUCACAGACCCAGCUCCUUAAAAACGGCAUUGAUUCCUGAAAUAACGGCGGCUCUCCGGGAACAGCCAAACAGUUACUGGCUUUCGGCAUUCUUUUUCCCUCAAGGGUUCCUGACGGCAGUUUUGCAGAACUUUGCACGGAUGAAAGGACUCUCGGUGGAUUCUCUCACUUUUAAACAUCGUGUCCUUCCUGCAGCGAGUGACACUACAGAAGGAAAUAGAAGGCAAAAUGUAAUCGGUACAGCUUUCAGCGAGUCUUCUCUGCCCGAAGAAGGAAUCCUCAUUUUUGGCUUGUUCCUAGACGGUGCCAAAUGGGACAUUAAAACUCAAGCCUUGCAGGAAUCAGAACAUCAACACAGAUUUUAUUCAAUGCCUCAAAUACAAUUCAUCCCACGAGUGAAUGGUGUUGGGAUAGAGGAUGAAGCCAGUGAUGAAGAGAUGCCGUAUACCUAUGAAUGUCCAUUGUACAGGACCCCAAAGAGAGCUGGAACAUUAUCUUCAACAGGACUCUCCACCAACUAUGUGACUGCUGUCACGUUACAGUCAUGUGUCGAACCAAAACACUGGAUCAGAAGAGGAGUGGCUCUCCUGUGCCAAAUGAACGACUAA